AUGGAGGCGAUGCAAAGCUUGUUUAGGUGUAAAGUAUACAACUGCCAAGCAUCAUACUGUGGAUUCAAUGAGUCUAUAUUUCUGAAGUUUCCAUGGAAAUAUCCUGAGCAUGAUGAAGCAUUUGUAAUCAAGGAUUAUGUCACCUAUGCACAGGACCAGCAAAAUGAAUACAGAUAUGGAUUAUUUUUGGACGGUGAUCCUUCAAAUAUACAGUCAAGUCUUGAAGAGAUCGCUUCCUGGUCUCUUCAAAACAAUGCUGAGGACUCCGAUGCCUCUAAGCUGGAGAAACUGGAGAAACUCCUGUCAGAUGCUUUGAGGAAUACAAAAUCCAAGAAGAUGUUAGCGCAACAAAAUAGCGGCGCAAGCACGAGUGCGAGCGGCAAGAACACCAAUGGCCCUAGGGGACAGGAGGGAGGAAGGACUUGAGCGUCAUGUGCUGUGCCUGCAUUCUGUACAAGGGAUGCUCUGCUGCAGAUGGAACACUCUUCCCCAGUUGUUGGGUAUGAAAGAGUUGUCAGGGCUGCAGCUUGUAUGACUUAAGGUAGAAGGGUGCAAAUUCAACAAAAGGUUGCUUUGUGUCUCGUUCGGACUGUGUGAUAUAUUUAUGCGAACCUAUCAAUCUGUUGUCAACAAGACAACAAGUCCUGUUAUCUGGAACGGAAUGAUCUCUGUCUCAAAAAAAAAGAACAACUGAACGGGAAAUCAGUUUAUGCGGAUGCACUUUAUAUAACGGAAUGCAGAUGUUUCAUGUUAACUUGGUGAGGAUCAUAUUCAUGUCUAACCGCAGAGACGGAUGUUUGUAUUUCCGUUAAGCAAUUAGUGAAAGGGGCAUUGGCCGGUAGGGAAAAAAAAUCAUAUUUCAGGUGUGCAUUUAAGCAAAGUGUCAGGCUUGUUUGUGAUUCCACGGUGCCGAUGCAGUUAAGCAAUUAAUGAAAAGGGGCAUUGCCCGGUAGGGGAAAAAAAAUCAUAUUCAGGUGUGCAUUUAAGCAAAGUGUCAGGCUUGUUUGUGAUUCCAUGGUGCCGACGCC